UUUUCAAGAAGGGAACUGAUUUCCCAGUUUCUCUUGCUUUGUUUCAGAGUUAUGCACAGCCAGGUCUUCAGUAUAUCCAAGGGCAGCCGAUUUACACAGCUCAUCCACAGGGAGUGGUGGUGCAGCCGACGGCAGCAGUAACAACCAUCGUAGCAGCCGGGCAGCCUCCGCCCAUACAGCAGCCAGAGCUGGUAGUGACCAACAAUCUUCUGGAUCUACCGCCGCCAUCUCCUCCAAAACCCAAAACCAUUGUCCUCCCUCCCAACUGGAAAACAGCCCGCGAUCCAGAGGGGAAGAUCUACUAUUACCAUGUGAUCACAAGGCAAACCCAGUGGGAUCCUCCUACCUGGGACAGCCCCGGAGAUGAUGCCAGCCUCGAACAUGAAGCUGAGAUGGACCUUGGGACUCCAACAUAUGAUGAAAACCCAAUGAAGGAUCCAUUAAUGUCUCAAGAUGGAAGCAUAGAGGGUACACCAAAUGCUUAUAAGUCUUCCAAAAAACCCAAAACAGCAGAAGCCGACACUUCGAGUGAGCUGGCUAAGAAGAGCAAAGAAGUGUUCAGGAAAGAGAUGUCUCAGUUCAUCGUGCAGUGCCUGAACCCCUACCGCAAACCUGACUGCAAAGUAGGAAGGAUAACCACAACCGAAGACUUCAAACACUUAGCACGCAAGCUGACUCAUGGUGUGAUGAACAAGGAGCUGAAAUACUGCAAGAACCCGGAGGAUCUGGAGUGCAACGAGAAUGUGAAGCACAAAACUAAGGAGUACAUUAAGAAAUACAUGCAGAAGUUUGGGGCGGUUUACAAGCCCAAAGAGGACACGGACUUAGAAUAACCACCUCUAACCUUUGGAAGGAGCGAUCCAUCCUCUUUGGACCUGACGAGAAGGAAUCCUGCCCGCUAAUCUCGGAGGCUGUUGGUGUGGACGGGACUCUCAGUUCUGACCCGACCCUGCCUAUUCUUGGACAGAAAUGUCACUGUUUCUGUAUGAAAUGAAGCAGUUGCCCAUUGUUUGGGAGUGAGGAGGGCGACGCAGAGCGGAGACAGCUCCUUCCAUCCUCUUCCUCUUUGCAGGCAAACCCGGGUCUCAAAUCUGGCGGUGCUGUUUGGCGCACUGACCCAUGCGCACAUCUUGUGUCCCCGAGAUCUGUAUUAUAUUUUAACGUAUAUGUGAAUAUAUUGAUAAUUUUUUUUUUGCUUUUAGCCCGACACGUGCUGAUAUCACGGGAACACUUUGUAAGGAUAGUUUUGUUUUUGUUUUUUUGUUCUCCUGCAAGGUUAAUCUGUUAUCAUGUAAAUAUUCAGGAACAGGCAGCCUCUGGGUUUCUGGCAGGCCUCGUGCUAUGUUGAUAAGAUUGAUUUUACUGCUUAAAUCAUUUUACUUUAUCCAAUUUUUACUGAACUUUUUAUGUAAAAAAAAUUUAAAAAAUAAAAUGAAAUGAAAUGAA